CCCAAACACUCACAUCACAAGGUCUAAUAGUAAAAGAGCAAUGAGAUGUUAUGUUGCCAGCAUUUACAAAAUUAAAAGAGGGAUGAACAGUAACUAGACAGUAUGCACACAAUUCCUAGUUUAUUAGGUAAACCUACUUUUAGAUAGAAGAUUUUAUCAAGAUUAGAUAGAAGAUUUUCUGCUUGGAACCCUUUCUGUUAGGGAAAUGCUAUGUCGUUAGGCUCUACACAGGAGCUUUAAGGGUUUAAAGAACGAGGCUGUUCAUCACCAAGAGCGAAGACUAUUGACUGCACUAUGAAGUUUUUAUAGUUACUGUAUGUGCACCUCAAGGCACUGUUAGUCUAUAUCCAGGACCAUGCAGUGGAUUAACUUCAGGCAGUAUUAAGGUCUUGAGAAGAACAUUCCUGCUACAGUGUGCAUUCAGAUUCUUGGUAUGGCAGAGAAAUCCCCUGAUCUAGGAUCUGUUAUUAUUGCAAUGGAAGACAGUCUGUGUAAUGGAGGCACACAAACACAGCCAUUACUGACGCACCUGAAAAAGGUAAAGAACCAGAUAACUGAAGCACCGUGCUUUUCUCACCUCCCCAAACGUUCUGCCGUGAACCUGGAGUUCUCUAACCUGUCCUACACAAUCAACGAGGGGCCAUGCUGGAAGAAAAAAGGUUACAGGGCCUUACUCAAGUGCCUCUCUGGAAGGUUCUGGAGCCGGGAGUUGAUUGGGAUCAUGGGCCCCUCAGGGGCUGGAAAGUCCACUCUGAUGAACAUCCUGGCUGGCUACAAAGAAACAGGGAUGACAGGACGAAUCCUGGUAAAUGGAAAGCCCAGAGAUCUUCACACCUUUCGCAAAAUGUCAUGUUACAUCAUGCAGGAAGAUAAACUGCUGCCCCAUCUUACAGCUCAGGAGGCCAUGAUGGUGUCUGCCAACCUGAAAGUCAAUAAUACUGUUGAGGUGAAGAAAGAACUGGUUAAAGAGAUUCUGACAGCCCUGGGACUUCAUGCAUGUGCACAUACUCGCACUGUCUCCCUAUCUGGUGGGCAGUGUAAGAGGCUGGCAAUUGCCCUUGAGCUUGUGAACAAUCCUCCAGUCAUGUUCUUUGAUGAGCCCACCAGUGGUUUGGACAGUGCCUCAAGUUUCCAUGUAGUCUCAUUAAUGAAGUCUCUGGCCCAGGGGGGGCACACUGUGAUUUGCACCAUUCACCAACCCAGUGCCAAACUCUUUGAAAUGUUUGAUAAGCUCUAUAUCCUGAGUCAGGGGCAGUGUAUAUAUAAGGGCACUGUACCAUACCUUAUCCCUUAUCUUAGAACACUUGGGCUACACUGCCCCACAUAUCACAACCCUGCAGAUUUCAUUAUUGAGGUAGCAUCAGGAGAAUAUGGGGAUUUGAGUCCGGUGUUGUUUGAAGCUGUGCAAGGUGGACUCUGUCCUCUGGAGGAAAAGAAGUAUUGUGAAAAAAACAAUCCUUCACACUUCUGCAUUGCAGAAUAUGCCAGAGACUCAGCUUACCUUGAAAGCCAUACAUUUGCAACAAGCAGUUUGACUCAGUUCUGUAUCCUCUUCAAAAGAACAUUCAUAACAGUAUGCAGAGACCAAGUGUUGACACACUUGCGGUUAAUGUCACACAUCUUCAUUGGAGUCUUGAUAGGUCUACUCUACCUCAAUAUCGGCAAUGAUGCCAGUAAAGUGUUCAACAACACAGGAUUCCUCUUCUUCUCCAUGCUAUUCCUCAUGUUUGGAGCCCUUAUGCCUACAGUGCUCACUUUUCCUCUGGAGAUGGCUGUAUUUCUAAGGGAACAUCUGAACUACUGGUACAGUCUGAAAGCCUACUAUCUUGCCAAGACAAUGGCUGACAUUCCAUUUCAGAUCAUCUGUCCUAUCAUGUACUGUAGUAUUGUGUACUGGAUGACUCAGCAGCCCCCUGAAGCAAGUCGCUACUUACUUUUUAUGGCAUUGUCCAUCUGCACUGCCUUAGUAGCUCAGUCCCUGGGCCUCCUCGUUGGUGCCACUUCCACCUCUCUUCAGGUGGCCACAUUUGUUGGCCCUGUAACAGCUGUUCCAGUCCUUCUCUUCUCCGGGUUCUUUGUCAAUUUUGACACCAUUCCAAAAUAUCUUCAGUGGAGUUCUUAUGUCUCUUAUGUCAGGUAUGGUUUUGAAGGGGUCAUUCUAUCCAUCUAUGGAAUGAAUCGCUCUGAGUUAGACUGCCCAGGGAAAGUCUGCAAGUUCCAGAAACCUGAAGAAGUACUGCAAUUGUUGAAUGUAGAGGAUGCCAAGCUCUACAUGGACUUCAUUAUACUGGGCAUUUUUUUUGUCAUCCUUAGGCUGGCUACAUACCUGGUGCUACGGUACAAAGUCAAAUCUGAGAGAUAAUAUUUAUUCAAUGCAUCCACAUCUUCUGUGCCAUGUCAUUUAUGAUUUCCAACCUAUCUGCUAUUAUUCAGGCCUUUUUGACAGGUAACUGUUCAAAAUCAGUUUUCUCAAUAAAGUCACACUCAUUAUAUAGCGCAAUAUGCAGCACUGUAUUGCUAUAAUUUGAAGAAAGAUGACUUGGGAAUUACUGCACUGUAGCAUACUACUGCAAUGCAUUACGCUGUUUAUACCCAGGGCUUUUUUUUUCUUCUUUUUUAAACAAACUACCUUACAUGCCUGAAACGAUUUUUUCUUUUCUUUGUUCCUAAGUCCUAGCCUGGGCUCAAACUGCAGAUUACAAAAGAGGUUAAUCUAAAUAGGUCUUCAGUCAAUGAAUGUUUACAGUGGCCUAAUUCCUGCAACGAUGGCUGUAAGUGUUGAUACUGGACAGUUAAAAAUAGAAGCCUCUGAACCCAAGACCCUAAAGGCCUAAUGUAGGUGUGAUUCCAUGACAUUAUAUUUCUACAGCUGUUUUUUCAGUCCUUAAUCUAGUUAUGUCUAGAUAGGUGGCUUCUUAGUGUAGAUGCAAACUUAAUUUUAAAGUGCACAGAUGCUUUAUAUAUAUAUCUACUAAAUAGUGUCAUUUAUAUACUUUUUAAUCCAAGAUUGUUUUUUAUAAUGGACUUGGACACCAAAUUUGACACCAGCUGUGGUCUCUUCUGCUUGCUUAUAAAAGGUGUCAAAACUGGCAAUUAUACUCCUUAUUUUAAAACAAUAAAAUUAUUAAAUUUAUGUUAUCUAGCCCCAUUGUCUUUUUGUAAAUGAUAUGCAAUGUCCCCAAUUUAAAUGCACUUAAAUAGCCCUGUUACACUAAAAAUUACAAACUUGUGUCACAGAUAUGUUGGAUGCCUUCACUUUCAAAGAAAGUAAUUUUGUCUUUUCUGACAGAUUUAUAUUCAUAGCUUCAUGAUUCAGUUUGAUUUUCGAUAUUCAGUGUGUGUUAUGUUUUCCUUGUUUAUUUGAUUAUGUUUAUUUUAGUUUCCUUAUUUCCUUGUUUAUUUGAUUAUGUUCAUUUUAAUUUUACCCAAAUCAAUAUGAUCAUGAUGACUUGCACACUGUAACUCUGUGACAUGUAAACAUGUUAUUCUGAGAAUAUGUAUUAUGUCCUUGUUGUGCACCCUCCCAUCUUAUUGUCUUUCAAGCUCUCCUCCUAUGCUUACAAAAUGGUUUUCCUGACAUGAGGUGGUGAUAACAUGUGGACUUGUCCUGAAGAUGUUUGUAUUGAAGCUGUGUAUUUUUAGAGACUAGACCAGACCAGACCAAACCAGAUCAGAUAGAAUUUACAGAAUUCUAAUUAUAUACUAUACAGACAGAGGCAGAUUUAGCAUUUUUGGGGGCCCCGAUCAAAGACUUAAAUGCCAAAUAUAAUCUUAACCUACCUUGUAGUGUUU